AUGGCGAAUAGGGUAAGUGAGAAGCUAAAAGAUGGGAAAAAAGAUGCAGGUAAUGAUGAUGAAAGGCUGGCAAGAAGAAGGAUAAACAACCGAGCCCUGUUGGAUGCAGAAACGCCAGAGGAAAAGCAGUGUCGGUUAGAAAAGCAAAGGGCUGCGUACAAGAGAAGUAUUGAGGUAAGUACAAUCGAUGAAAGAGGAAAACAGAAAGAAAAAAGACGACAAAAAUCUCAUCAGGAAACCCCGAAACAAAAGGAAUGUUGUUUAGCGAAACGCAAGGCCGCUUAUAAACGCAGGACCGAAGCAAAUACUAGUGAAGAAAUUGAGACAAAAAGAGGAAAAGAACGGCAACAUUUACAACAACAAACGCCAGAGCAAAGAGAAAGUCGUUUGGCAAAACGACGAGAUGCCUAUAAAUGGAGUAGUGAAGCAAGUACAAAUGAGGAAAUUGAGAUGCAAAGAGGGAAAGAACGGCAACUUUUACAACAACAAACGCCAGAGCAAAGAGAAAGUUGUUUGGCAAAGCGUAGGGCUGCUUAUAAACGGAGAAAGGAAGCAAGUACAAGUGAAGCAAGUGAGAUGCAAAGGGAAGAAAAAAAGCAAACGCAAGAGAGAGAAGGCAACGUGAAAGUGUCCAAAAACGAGGAGAAAGACUUGAGAAUAUGA